AUGUGUGUGCUCCGCCUCCUGCUCGUCAGCCUGCUUGCCCCCACCUCCUUCGGCUUUGCGGCGGGCGGCAUCUCGUCGCUCGAGUCUCAGGUGGCUCGACUCGCCUCCUCUGCGACGACGUCACGCAGCGAGCUCGAGGACAGGCUCGCAGAGCUGGUGAGCGAGAGCGGCGGCGGCAUCCCUGACCCAGCGCUCUCGCCGAUGAUUGAGGGCGACUGGGAGCUGCUGUACACGACCAAGUCCAGCUUCGAUUGGCGCAAUCCGCUCGGCCGGCGGGCAGACGGGACAACGCCUGGCGUGGAGGGUUGGUUUGCUGCCCUGAGUGGCGGAGGAGAAUCGGCUGCGGCUGCCUCGUCCAGCCCCAUCCAGCGCGCGGUGACGUCGGCCUUUUCGGUCACGCAGAGCAUCCGUGGGCUCCAAGGCGGCGCCGCCAGAGGGCGGGUGGAGCAGCUCGUCCGCACACCGCUCGGAGAGCUGCGCCUCAACGCAGCCGCAACGGCCCGCCCGGCAGCUCCGAGGCGCGUGUCGUUCGCUUUCGACGAAGGCUACUUUCAGACGGAGCAGGGGCUGCGGCUGCCGUACCCGGUGCCCUUCAAGCUGCUCGGCAAGGAGGCGGAGGGAUGGCUAGACACCGAGUUCCUCGGCGAUGAGCUCCGCAUCAGCACGGGCAAUAAAGGGACGACAUUCGUCUUGAGGCGCGGCGAUUAA